AGCGGCCGACACGGCACUGCAUUCAGUCGGGUCAGUUGACUUCUGAUCGUCAUCACCAUACCAUCAUCGCAACGACCCACUUUGCCGUGGCUGCCUGCGGCCUCGUCAUCAUCACACCCACGCAAGCAUACCGCAUACUAGGCGUCGGUCCAGUGCGCCUCGCGCAAGAACAGAGAGCAUCGCAUCGCAUCGAAUCGCAAAAACAGAGCCGGCUGCAUACCUUUUGUCGCGCCCUUCGUCUUCGUCGCUAGCAUACACUCUUCAUCAUCAGCAUGACGGUCGCGAGCUCAAGCAGAGCGGCAGCGGCACCGCAGGCAUCUUCAACCUCCUCCUGGCCUUAUAGGCACGACAGCAUACAGCGUUGCCUUGCUGAAGCAGCCGUACAGACAGCCCUCAGCGAACUUACUCGAACGCCUCAUGUCCGCCGAGCUCUCUCUGAGAAAGCCAAGGGCAAGGCCAAGGCGCACAGCGAUAGCGACGAAAGAGACUUGCUCGUCGACCUCGCCCUCGAGACAUUCUGGUCCAGCUCCCGUCUGGGGACCAGAGACAUCAACACGACUCGUCUGCGAGCCUUGUCUCACCUGCAACAGCUGUCCAAGAUCUCUCUCGAGACCAGCGACUUUCCUUCGGUCACCAGCCUGCAACGCUCAUCUGCGGCCUACGUAGAGAUCGUCCGCUCACGCUUCAACCGCCAGCUUUACGUCCUCAAGACCGUCGUCAAGGGCUUAGCUCGUCGCGAGUCGAACAGAUGCAAUCCCUCCUUCGAGGCUCAGCUCCUUGCAGCUGGUCAACAAGAGUCGCAAAGUCGAAGACCAGUACCAGACUUCGUUGCAUCGUUUCAGUCCCAGAACUCGCUGCACAUUGUCAUGCAAUAUUUUCCAGCAGGGGAUCUCGACCAACUGCUUCACUCUGCAGGUCAAGCGGGUCUGAUUCACGGCUUUGGCAAAGAUGGAGGCUUGCUCAGCGAAUCCUACGUCAAGAUCUACUCCACAGACAUCGUUGCAGCAGUGACCUGGUGUCACGAACAAGGCUUUGCCCACCGCGACGUCAAGCCUGCCAACUUCCUCCUCGACCGCUCUGGUCACCUCAAGCUCUGUGACUUUGCAACCGCAGCGCCUUUCACGCAAUACGGAAGUCGACGUCGUGUCCAGUACCAGUACUCUUGCCUUGCUGGAACGCCGGAUUAUAUCGCCCCGGACAUUCUCCUUGGAGAAGAGGAGCGCCUCAAUGCCCUCACUGGCUCGAGAGGCGCCAGCUCAAGAUGGGGCUUCUCAUUCGCAGAUGAGUCGAGCUUCUCGUCGCUCAUGACCCGCCCUCAGCCAGAGUCGGAGGGCUUCUAUGGGCCAGAGGUGGAUUGGUGGUCAGUCGGUUGCGUCAUCUACGAGAUGGUCUUCAAGAAUGUCCCCUUCUGGGCAGAGACGAUCAGGGAAGCGCAUCACCGCAUCUGCAACCAUGAGCAGUACCUGCAGCUGGACGAGCAAGUGACUGUCAGCUCGACCCUCAAGGAUCUCAUCAUCAAGCUCUUGACACAUCGUGAGACGCGCUUGGGGUCGCAAGCAAGCGCUCAUGUGCAGCAGCACUCUUUCUUCAGCGGCGUCGACUGGUCAAGCUACCUCAAUGUGGCAGCGCCAUUCGUGCCAAAUGUCGACAGCACCAAGACAGAUGUCGCAGGUAUGGCAACAGCUGAGGAACCUUCGAUCCUGCACAGCCCGAGCGUUAUGGCGGGCCGACCACAGGCUGCGCUGGACGAGGACCAGAGCAUCUCAAUAGAGCCCGACUCAUUUCACUUGUCACAGAUGUUCGACGGCAGCCUAGACGAGUUUCCCAUGUUUGCCGACUCACCAGAGGAGGUUGACAUGGUCAUGGCGAGAAGGGCAGCUAUGGUUGAGGCACCAAGUCGUAGUCGACCUCUCUCAGAGCCAGUCUCGCCCAACACGUCAAAGAUCGGCGCUGCUAAGUGGUCGGACAUCGACGUAGCUUGGGUCGGGUUCAGCAGACUUCCUCAGCGCAACGCCUUUACAACGGAAAAGCAGUUCAAGACGAUGCCGCAGUCGACAUUGACUAGGGUCGCGGCGACGCCAAGCGCUGCAGCUCGGCAGUCUACGCUGGCCUCCAUUUGGGAGACGUCACCAGGCUGUGAGUCGAUGGCUGCUUCGCCCGAGGCGUGGCCCAGAGCCAUGCAACAGGGCGAGUCGAGCGCCACGGCGCCGAUCACGUCAACGCCUUUCACUCGCAGCGUCUCCGACCCUGCCAAGCAGUCACCACCUCCUAUGAUCGCCUCAACACCGCGCGAUGGUGGUAUUGAGCGCAGAUUGUCGCAACGUCGCAGGCUGCACAAAGCCAUUGCCGCAGCCAUCCCCGGAGACGGGCGCUACGUGACUCCACUGAGAAAGACGAGCAUGCCCAACCUCUCAUCAGCGUACAGCGGCUCGGUCGCUCCUCCCUCCGCCAUCCCAGCUUCACCGUACCCAUUCCCUUUGGCCGCCACUCCUGCCCCAGCAACAGCAGCUAGACGUCUCGUCUCCGCCUCAAGCUCCAUCCGCAAUCCAUCCCUACUGCGCAGCGCUGUGGCUCAACAGCAGCAGCAGCAGCGACGCUCCGAGUCCCCUUACUCGCGUGUCGUCUCCAUGGGCUCUGAUUCGCGAUGCUCAGGCGGAUCAAACGCAAAGCGUAACUUCAGCGAGAACGAAGCAAUGGAGCAGCUUGAGGCCGCUGUGCUGCAGAGCGCGCGCAAGGUCAGGCUUGACUCACAAGAGCGCAGCUUCCCGCGUCGAUUGGCUGUGCUGGAGGAGAGAGUCGGUGCUGACGCUCGACGGCAGCUCAGCGAGCAGGGGAGGUUAUCGAGGCAGGCAGGACCGUCGCGACCGCAGCUACCGCACAGCAAUACCGAGCCUGCGUUGCUCAGCAUGCAGAAGGUCGGUGGCUCUCUUGACAAGCGGCCUCAAUUACAGGAGUUGCGGAGAGGCUCAGCGCCAUCCGUCGUCGUAGAGCCUGCCUCACCGACCCCAACAGCGGUGCACUCGUCGGCGCCGCAGACUUUGGCUCCAAUCGAGAAGACAGAUGGCAAGGGCAGCAGUACCAUCCACAGCAGGCGACUGCUCGGAGCUCACGAAAGGCGUCGCCCCCGCCUUCCGAUGCCCGAUCCCAUUGUCAUCCGCCCGACUCUGACCUCGUCGCCAGAAGAUGGAGGCUCAGACCCGGACUCUCCUCUCAUGUCUCGUUCUGGCUCAUCUGCUGGCCAGUCUGGCGGAAUAGGCUACGACGCGCACAUCACAUCGUCAGUUGACCUACCCGGCUGGUCCACCGAGGCGAUUGCGUCUGCGCCCACCAUUGAGGCUCACCAGCAGGACCCAAGUCACUUGUGCGCCCCAUCCGCGCGUCCAAUGCUGCGUAUGAGGCGAAGCGAUCGUCAGCUCAAGCUUGAGGCACAGGAACGCACUACCCCGACGCGCCCAAAAACGCGAGCCAGCUCACCUUUCACGACUACCGAAUUCGACCUUGCCCACUUGAGUCUUGGGCCACCCACCCCACUGGAGGAGGUUGACAUCAAUCCGAUGGCAACUGCAGCCGCAGCCGCAGCAAUCGCCGCCGCAUCGCCAAGUCCGGCAGGAGACAGUCGUCAGAACGACUGCCCUACGCCAGAGCUGGUGAGCGACCACACGAAUGACUCCGAAGAGAGCGGAGUGAGCAGUGGGGGCGAGUCGUUCAGGACUCAUAGCGCUAUGUCGUCCCCCUUCGCGAUGACAUUCGCUCCUGCGGCGGCCAAUGCAGACGGUGCGCUUGCUUUGGCCAUGCCUACCACGUACGGUAAGGACGCCCUGCCGCGCUUGAGUGUGCCUACAACUGCCGAAGGAGCAGCAAGAGCCACAUUGGCCGCUUCGCGUCUACGUGCUACCCGAUCACACAGCCAACUUUCCAAGCUGCAUCAUCUCUCUCUCGGGUUUGGUCGCGAGCACGGCGUGCGCCCAGAAGGGACGUCGUCAGCCGCAGGCCCUGCGUCCUCCUCCUCCUCCUCAAGCUCCUCAUCCACUUCGACUAUCCACCCAGCCCAGCGUAGCAUUCGCCGCAAAGACUCUCGCGAAACGCUCAAAGAGUACCGCAACUCUGCCCGCCUUCAGUCGUCCUCAGGCCUUCCCUCCUUCCCGGAAGACGACGACGAUGCCUUUGGAGGCGGGCCGGCCCUUGUAUCCUCUUCGUCACCGCCACUCAGCGGGGCCGGCCUGCUGGCUGCUGCUUCUGCUAAGAACCUUUCGUCCGCCAUGUCUGGUUCCGCGAGCGGGACAUGGAGUCGAAAGAGCUUGUCUGCUACCCGCAGGGCAUCUGCUCAAAACCUGGGCAGGCAGUACCGCUUCUCUGAGGGGGCAUCGACAAUGAGUAGACCCAGUACGGCACUGAGCGCCGCCGCGGGCGAGCUCAAGCUAUCCGCCAAGCGUUCGAGCUCAGAUGGAAGCGUGUCUCCUACGUCAACGAGCACCGUCGUGCGCAGCAACAUGAGCGUCACCAGCCCGCUGACGAAGAUGGAUAAUCGUCUGACCGGCAUUCAAUCGAGUGUCUUUGGGUUGCAGACAAGGAUCACAAAGCUCAAGGCGAAGCUGCACGACUGAAUGCGGUCGAGCGAUCUCAGCACAGCUAGCAUCAUCAUCUACAAGCACCUAGGUCAGCAUAUCAUCCAUUCCCCUCCGGCCUUCUGCAUUACCCAAAUCUUCGCACGCAAACGGUUCUAGCAUACCUCUCUUCAGUCUCAUCGGAUCCCUUCGCCCUAUGUUCCCCUCCUUCGUCUUCGCUCCAUUUCCGGCUACUGUUGCCAAUUCGCAUCUUUCUUUGUCUAUACCGUCGCACGCAUCACAAACUCAAUGGAGAGCAACACUCAUUCAUGCA